CUUGUUAUCGGCAAGUCGCCAUACUUUAUAGUGGUAGACAAUCAGUAGCAUGUGACAAGGAGGAAAUCGUUGGAAUAAUGUAGCACGAUAAGCAAAUGACAUUAAAACCGAUUAAUGUAUGAAGUGAAGAGGCGCAGAAGUACUGCAGUACAGGAAGUUACAAAAGGGCCCCUUGGUGGUGUGCACAACCUGAACACCGCAAUCAAGUUGGGGCACAUACUUUACACACGGACGACGACGAACAAGUGAGCUCUGCUGGCAAGUAUGGACGCUACGAAGAUUUGCUUCAUGGCGCUGAUGUUGAUUCCCCGUAAUGGAAACAUUGCCUUGAUUCAGUCUCUCAAGAUAAUAGACAAGGAAUUACAGUCUGCCCUAGUGUUACUGUCUAGAGACGCGUGCGCCUUGUCUGACCUAGUGAAACAAACAGGCGGUAACAUCAUCUACUGUGAUAAUACCGAUGGCUCAACUGUCCCGAACAGCCACUGGUGUGACGCCACAAGACAGGAAGAAAGCCGACAUAAUACCCGCCUAACGUACCGGUGUGAAGAUGGCGUCUGGCGGAGAGAAGUUGGGACUGGCAUUGACGUAUACAAAGGUUAUGUUCGAAACAAGCGAGCUGAUGUCCAAUGCCAAAAUGAGCUCAGCAAUGCUUAUGUCGCUUCCGAUUUCCAAAGUGGUUUCCAAAUUGCAAGCGCUGUUGCUGCCUUCGCUUCAGUCGUGUUUUCAAUUGCUGGUUAUGUUCGAAACAAGCGGGCUCGAAACAAGCGGGCUCGAAACAAGUGGGCUCGAAACAAGCGGGCUCGAAUUUCUAAUGUCGCUACUGGUUUCCAAAUUGCAAGCGCUGUUGCUUCAGUCGGGUUUUUAAUUGCUGGUUAUGUUCGAAACAAGCGGGCUGAUGUCCAAUGCCAAAAUGAGCUCAGCAAUGCUGAUGUCGCUUCCGGUUUCCAAAGUGGUUUCCAAAUUGCAAGCGCUGUUGCUGCCUUCGCUGCAGUCGUGUUUUCAAUUGCGUGUUAUGUUCGAAACAAGCGGGCUAGCAUUUCUAAUGUUGCUGCUGGUUUCCAAAUUGCAAGCGCUGUUGCUACCUUCGCUUCAGUCGGGUUUUUAGUUGCUUGUUAUUUCACAACGUGUAGUAAGGGUGCACAAGAAAGCAGACCAGCACCGCCAACGUUUGAAACUUGUCCCCCAGUUGAAAUUAAUGCCCAGACUAUCUACUACGCGCCUCCUGGACAGAAUUCAGCUAUAGUGGUUUGGACUGAGCCUAAGAGUAUAGGGACAGAGGUUCAAAGUUCAUUGUCUUGCUGCGGUAACUAUAAGAGUGGAGAUUCUUUUCUUGGCUCAUUUUCUGGUACAAACUACUUUAUGACGUACACAGUAAAGGACAAACACGGACAGAACGCUUCUUGCUCGUUUAAAUUCACCAUUUUCUAUUUGGCCUGUGAAGAACCAUCUCCAUCAACAACACGCAUAAAGCAAAGAUGCACACACGGUCUCCUCUAUGGAAGCGAGUGUACAUUUGGUUGCAUAGAAGGCUAUAGCAUUACCGAUGGAUUCAAAAACAGUUCAAUGUGCGAGAAAGAAUCCGGGACCACCGUCAAAUGGUCUACAUUACCGGAAUGCGAAAAGAUACGAUGCACACCUCCAGUUGCACCAUCCAAUGGAAAAGUAUCGUGUAGAAGUCCCCAAUACGCGUACGACACCGAAUGUAUCUUUUCCUGCAAUGACGGAUAUCGCCUUUCUGGUCCAUCAACAGUGUACUGUCAGUCCGAUAGAAGUUGGUCGAUUGCGGACGUUAAUUGCACAGACGAUGAUCCUCCAAUAAUCACGUGUUCAAGUCAUGUGAUUUACGCGGAUAGAGGUUCAUUGACGGCGAAUGUGUUUUGGUCGGAACCUUUGGUUACAGACAAUGUUGAUAAUGAUCUAAAAGCUAAUAAAUUGUCAAAUAUCAGUCAAGGUGAUCUCUUGCAAGAAGGAACACACUUCAUACCAUAUCGAGCGAUCGACUCCGAAGGAAAUUCGCACCCGAUGCUCUCAGAGUGUAACAUUACGGUGCAAGUACAAGUGAUAAAAUGCGCAUCUGGGCCUACGGAGAGUUUGAAUAAUACGCGCUUCUUGCGUUACAACUGCUCUGACUCGGUCUACUAUAUUGGCGUUCAGUGUUACCUUUUCUGCGAUCUUAACCUUGAGGUGAAAGGAACACACACGCUCUCUUGCGAACGAAAUGGAACAUUCGGAUUGGGCGUUUGGGAAUGGGAUGGAGACGUGGAACCACAUUGUAAUGUUGUUAAAUGUCCCCCGUUAGCUCCACCAGCCAACGGGGCCAUGACCUAUGACAGCGUCAAUGCCAGGCCAUUACACGUUAUGCUUUGUCAGUCUGGAUAUGACAGCCCGGUCGUGGGUUCUUCCUUCACAGGCAGACUCAGCUGUCAGGACAGUGGAACCUGGUAUCCAUUGGAUGCAUUCCCUAACUGUAUCAAGUCGAGUUGGGCAAACAUGGCAGUACUGGUGGAUCUAAUCUACGAGGGAAAUUGCAAUUCAAGUGGCAUCAUAGAUGUAAUCAAACUCAAAGUGUUAAGAUACCUCAGCCAAAUUCAGGAUGACAUAUACAAGUCCAUAUGUCCCGGUAAAGACUGCAAAGUUGACAAUCUUGUUGUUGUUUGUGGUUCCAACAGGCGUCGCCGUUCGUCAUCAAUUACGUCUGAGUCUAAUAUAACGAAGAGACAUACUUCGAAUGCUCGAGUAACGUUUGAUAUAUCAACACCAUUCAUUUUAUCAAACGCGACGGCAGACGAGGCAUAUGAUGAACUGUUUCCAUUACUAGAAUCAAUCAGCAGGCGAAUUGCGGUAGACAUUGCAAACGGUAGCCUCGAUAUAGAUUGCUUCACUCUGGAUACUGAAACAUUUCAGACAAACCCGAAUGUAAUAUUUAAAUGCCCAACCAAUCUGAAAAAAGACGGAUUUAAAUGCAAGCCAUGUCCCAAAGGAACCUAUAUGAACUCGACCACAGGGAACUGUGAAUUUUGCAACAUCGGUGAAUACAAUGAAGAAGACGGGAGAGACCAAUGCAGCGUUUGUCCCCAAGACCACAGUACUCUAAAAACAGGUUCUACCCACCAAAACAAUUGUACAAAAUAUUGCGAUCCUGGUUUUGCUUCAAGUACAACGAUGGUUCCUUGUUUUGCUUGCCCUCUUGCCAGUUACCAGCCACAGAAGUCAGCAACAUCAUGCAUACAAUGUCCCAUGGGUCUCACUACACAAUCUACCAACAGCACGACCAUGGAUCAGUGUACCUUGUUCGAUCUCAAAGUUAACAAUCUUCGUGGAAGCCAGAGAGUGGGAACGUUCAAAAGUGACGUAAAUAUCUCCAUAUUAACCAUAUCGUUAUAUGCAAAAAAAGACAUUGAUGGUUCAGGGAAACUUACCUUAACAAUGCGCGACGAAACGAGUGAUGUGUUGGCAGUAUUUCUUGACAACUCGAAUACGACAAUCGAAAUCGGAAAUACAACAUUUGUUUCGAAGUAUAACCCUUCAACCAAACGAUGGGCGCAUCUGCUGAUUGAACUCCAUUUCCCGUCAUAUUUACAUAUUGUGUAUGAAGACGGUACACAGGAUAUACAUCAAACGGUUCUACCAUUAGAAUAUAUGCAGUAUGGUACAUUCCACAUGACCUCAAACGAGGAAACAAGUAUUACACUAUCUGGUCUGGCGGUUUAUCCAAGAAAUCUCACGUCGGAAGAAAUAGCGUCAUUUAAAUCCACGUGCCAUCUCAGCUCUGCUGAUGUCCUGCUGUCCAUGGGUGAUUUAGUACACAAGCAUGUGGAUGGACUCGCAUUAGUUAGCCCAACAUCAUGUGACCCCAUCGAUAAGUGUAAAGAUUCUCCGUGUGGUAUAAACACCUGUAAAAAUGAGAUAGGGACGUUCACUUGCGUGUGCAGUGGGGGGUGGACCGGGACACGUUGCGAGGUUCCACCUGACUACUGUUUGAACCAUGACUGCAAACACGGGGUGUGUGUUCCCGGAAGCGGAAUAUACACGUGCAACUGCACGGAAUUCUUCACCGGAAGUGACUGUUCAAUUCCUCCAGUUAAUGGCGGAUGGUCUUCAUGGAGCGAAUGGUCAGGAUGUGACGUCACCUGCGGAGGCGGUACUCAAACACAUACAAGACGUUGUGUGGAGCCUGUUCCAGGACCAGAUGGUUUAGACUGCAUGGGUUCUAAUGAAGAAACACAACCAUGCAAUAAUAAAGAGUGCCCCGUUUGCGCAAAACUCAAGCGCGCUUACGGAACACAAAUCGAAUGUUACGACGAUUAUGGAGACACACAUUGCAAUGUCAGUUGUUCGGCAGGCCAUGCCUUUCCAUCUGGACAGGAGCCUUAUCACCGGUAUACUUGCGGCCGUUCAACUAGCUACGAAUGGAAACCUUUUGCUAAAGUACAAGAAUGUAUUGUGAAGCAAACUGGCGGUAACAUCAUCUUCUGUGAUAUUACCGAUGGCUCAACUGUCCCGAACAGCCGCUGGUGUGACACCACAAGCCAGGCAGAAAGCGGGCAUAAUACCCGCCUGACGUACUGGUGUGAAGACGGCGUCUGGCGGAUAGAAGUUGGGACUGGCAUUGACGUAGACAAAGAAUCUGAAUGGGGAGAUAUGGUUCUGCCUGCUGAACUUAUCUACACCGGAGAUUGCCAGGAAAGCAACACACAAGAGGCUAUCAAGAGCAAUGUCUUGGAAUACCUCAGCAAAAUUAAAGAUGAUGUUGGCAAUCUUCAUGGAAGCCAGCUUAUGGGAACGUUCAACAAUGACGUGAAUACGUCCAUUUUAACCAUAUCGUUAUAUGCAAGAAAAGACACUUAUGAUUUAGAGGAUCUUACCAUAACAAUACGCGACGAAACGAGCGAUGUUUUGGUAGUACUUCUUGGCAACUCAAAUACAACAAUCAAGAUCGGUAAUACUUCAUUCCUUUCCAAGUAUAAUCUUUCAACCAAACGAUGGGCGCAUCUGCUGAUUGAACUUGAUUGUUCUUCAUAUUCACUUAAUGUGUAUGUAGACGGUGAACAAGGUAUACACCAAACGGUUCCUCCAUGUGAGUCUAUACAGUCGGGGACAGUCCACAUGGCUACCAAUUCAGACACAGGUAUAACGCUAACUGGUCUGGCGUUGUAUCCAAGAAAUCUCACGUUAGAAGAAUGGACGUCAUUAAAAUCAACGUGCCAUCUAAUCUCUGCUGAUGCACUGCUGUCCAUGGGUGAUUUAGUACAGAAGCAUAUGGAUGGACUCGCAUUAGUUACUCCAACAUCUUGUGACCCCAUCGAUGAGUGUAAAGAUUCUCCGUGUGGUAUACACACCUGUAAAAAUGAGAUAGGAACUUUCACGUGCGUGUGCAGUGGGGGUUGGAGUGGAUCACGCUGCGAUGUGGCUCCUAACUACUGUUUGAACCAUUACUGCAAACACGGGACUUGCGUCCCCGGAAGCGGAAUAUACUCUUGCAACUGCACAGACUUCUAUUCCGGAAGUGACUGUUCAAUUCCUCCAGUAAAUGGCGGAUGGUCGUCAUGGAGCGAAUGGUCAGGAUGCGACGUCACCUGCGGAGGCGGUACUCAAACACAUAAAAGACGUUGUGUGGAGCCUGUUCCAGGGCCAGGUGGAUUAGAUUGCAUGGGUUCUAAUGAAGAAACACAACCAUGCAAUAAUAAAAAGUGCCCCGAGUGCACAAAACUAAAUCGCGCGUUUGGAACACAAGUUGUAUGUUAUGAUGACCUAGAUUCUGGAGACAAACGUUGCAAUGUCAGUUGCUUGGUCGGCCUAACAUUUCCAUCUGGACAAGAGCCGUAUCAAAACUAUUCAUGCGGCCGGUCAACUGGCUACGAAUGGAUACCUUUUGCUCAAGUAACAGAAUGUAUGGAGUAUAGUCCACCUGCCGUGUUGGGUUUUGGAACCUCUGUCAACUUAAAUGUUCAGGUUCCGACAACAGAUACUACAAUUGUGGAGCAAGCGUUUUUAAAACAGUUACAUACUGUCCCGUGCGUUGCAGAAAACAAAUGCAGCGUUAAUGCGUCCAUAACCAAUACGAAUGAACGGCGUAAACGAAGUCCCGGAUCAUCCAUUUUGAUAUCGUUUUCAGUACAAGUGCCUGAGCUUAAUGAUCUAGACAUUGCGGGAUUCAUACAAACUGGAACAGUAAGUUCCGAUCUACAGCGACUACGAGAAGCAUAUAUCGCCGUCAAUAAUUCGGCCAUGUACAUCCAUAACAAUUCGGAGAACAUCUUUUCCUUGACCAUUUCCGGUGUUCACUACAACGCAGAUUUGAAUUCUAUGUAUUCUUUGGUAGUUGUCUUCUGUUAUCCGGGAUUCUCAGGAGCCGAUGGCAUGUGCGUUCAGUGUCCUCGUGGCACACAAGAGGUCAACGCUGUUUGUCGGAGUUGUGACGUCGGUACAUACCAGUCCUUCAGUGGACAGACAACGUGUGAACCAUGUCCUACCGGGUACACAACUGCAACGUUCAUGGCUAUAAGCAUUGAAGAAUGUAAUGUAUUAGGCACACGCCGACCAGAAUUGAUGACGACAUCAGAGCCCACCGCAAACGACAAGCAAGAAAAUGUUGUAGUUAUUACCGUCGUAGCGAUCUCAGUUUCCGUAGGUGUCGUAGCCAUCAUUAUCGGAGUGCUUUGCUAUAAAAAGAAUCGAAAGCAAUCAAAGACAUCACGUAGCAGAAGUUUUGCAAGCAUGAACAUAAUAUACCCUAAAGAUGCCGGAUCAAUCGAACAACCUACGAUGGUACCACCAAAAGCAGAACAAGCAAACGCCCGCUUUGCGUCAUCCGGUAGUAAUUAUACACCGCCUCCUUACUCCUUAUGAAGAUCUUUCACAGAAGAAGUAAUAUAGAGCGGUUUUGUGAUAUUGCCUUUUCAUAUACCAAUAUAUGAAAUGUUUUUCUUAAGUUGUUAUAUCUACAGUAACAACCCAGUAAGAAAGAUGCGAAUGCACACAAAACACUUUGGCUGUUUUACCAUCUUAC